GGAGGAGGAGGAGGAGGAGGAGGAGGAUCUCUCCCCAGUAAGUGUCCUUUGAGGGAGACGAGAUCCAAACUUUCCCAAAAACCCACCAAGACCCAGCCGGGGACGGGGCUCGGGAGGCCGUGUGCACGCAGAAAUCGGCCGGUUUCUGGUGUCUGUCCGCGGGUCAUGGGCUGCUUCACGUAGCGCGGUUUCAGCCUGACUUGCGCGCGUGCAGCGGAGCGGAGCGGACCUCGCGCCGCGGCUCGGAGGGAAACCAUAUCUGGUCAAAGUAUUCGUUGCUUUCACCCAGCCGGCCCGACUGGCUAUUAAUAGCGCCGGAGGAGUUGUUUUACCAGAGUGCUUGAAGGAAACUGUUUGCCUUUUAUUUGACCUCAGAGGUGGAGAUCAAGGCGUGCUCUUCAUUAUGUCGGUGUUAAAGAAAGAGAUGGAGAAGUACAGGGACAUAGAUGAGGAUGAGCUGCUGAAGAAGCUCUCGGAGGAAGAGCUGCAGCGGUUAGAGGAUGAAUUAGAGGAACUCGAUCCUGAUAAUGCACUGUUGCCUGCUGGUCUUCGUCAGAAGGAUCAGACUAAGAAAUCACCAACAGGAACAUUUCAGCGAGACAACCUGCUGGCCCAUCUGGAGAAAGAAGCCAAAGAGCAUCCUGACAAAGAAGAUCUGGUGCCGUUCACUGGGGAAAAGAGAGGGAAGGCUUGGGUUCCUAAAAAGAUGGUGGACCCAAUCAUAGAAAAUGUGACUCUGGAGCCGGAGCUGGAGGAAGCCCUGGCGAGUGCGUCUGAUGCGGAACUCUGUGAUAUUGCAGCCAUCCUGGGCAUGCACACCCUGAUGAGUAACCAGCAGUACUACGAAGCCCUGGCCAGCAGCACCAUAGUCAACAAGCAAGGCCUUAACAGUGUGAUCCAGUGCACCCAGUAUAAACCAGUUCCUGAUGAGGAGCCCAACGCCACUGAUGUAGAAGAAACACUGAUGAGAAUGAAGAGGAAUGAUCCAGACCUGGUGGAGGUUAACCUCAACAACAUAAAGAAUAUUCCUAUCCCGACUCUGAAGGCGUAUGCGGAAGCUCUAAAGAAGAACACUGUGGUUGAAAGGUUCAGUAUUGUAGGAACAAGGAGCAACGACCCUGUAGCGUUUGCACUGGCAGAGAUGUUGAGGGUGAACACGACUCUGAAGAGUUUGAAUGUCGAGUCAAACUUCAUAACAGGGACUGGAGUCUUGGCCCUCAUCGAGUCGCUGCAGUGUAACACCACACUACUUGAGCUUAAAAUUGACAAUCAGAGCCAGCCGUUGGGUAACAAGGUUGAGAUGGAGAUAGCCAGCAUACUGGAGAAAAACACGACAUUGUUGAAGUUUGGAUAUCACUUCACCCAGCAGGGCCCGCGCCUUCGAGGUUCCAAUGCCAUGAUGAGCAACAACGACCUGGCCCGGGUGGUCAGGUCAGAAACUGACGGCUCCUUCACCUUCACUCUGUCUGUUCCUGAGCUGGAGAGAGCCUUCGGAAAGAAGUUCAAGUCCAAGACGAAUAAGAAAGAGAAGGCUUGAGGGAGGACCCAUCUUCCCCAAGUGUCGGACAAAUGUGUAGAAACCGGGUCUACCUUCAUCCUCCUCCCAUCAGCCGCACCCUCCUGUCAUUACCCUCCCACCCACCGACGGUGCAACAGGUUCAGUUGUUUGGUAAAAGUUCAAGGUUUCUGUUGAAAUCUGCAGCGUUCUUCAGAGCUUUCAGUGCAUGCAAGAAGUGAGAAAAAGAUAGUUUUAUUUCUCUGAAGUUUUUGUCGUUCAGGCAAACCUGCAGCUCUUUGUAUAAACCUACCAGGCGAUGUAUGCAUUGCCUUUUAAAAUUCUCCGGUAAGAAAAGUUAAAGCUUUAUAAGAUUAAAAUGUAACUGUAUCAUAAUUACGUUGUGUUGGUAUUAUUGUUUUAAAAGCAAAAGCAGCGUGUAGGGUUUCUAAUGUGAAGUGUGAUACAGAAUAAGAAAAAAAUAAAAAACGACCCAUUAGUGGAUUUCUGAUGUGCUGCAAACUCAAUGAGUCUGAGCGCUUCUGUAAUUUAAAGGUAACCUGGCUACUGUAUGAUUUAUCACUGUGUACCAAAUAUAUUUAUUUAAGACAAACCUGAGGAAAUUGACUCAAUCAUUUGGACUAAUUGUGCUUUACCAUGAACUGCUCUUUUUAAUUUUACUGGUACAAAACGCAGCAUUUAUAGUUCGUGUUUGCUUUCUGGGAAUAUUGUUUUUCUUAAAGAUUUUCAAUGAGCAUUGCAAAGAAAACAAGUUUAAAUGGAUUAGUGUUACACUUUCAACGGGGUCUGGUUUGUUUACGUCUUGCGCUUACUGGAACAAAGUUUGUUGGCUUCAAUAAAAAACAAUUUUUGGUGUAAAUUUUAAUUACAGAUUUAACAGGGAUCUUAUUUUUAAAAAUACAGCGUGCUUCUCGAACAUCUUUAGCAGUGACGGGUCGUAACAGAAACCACUCCUGAAAUACAGCUUUAAACUAUUAAACUUGGAUUUAUGGAGAUGUUCUUAUCAAGGACAAGUUGUUAGCGUCUUUGACAACUUCAUGUGCAAAUUCUGCUGAACGUUUAGCAAUGCAUAAGGAGGACUUUGUUUUCUUUAAAAUUUACAGCACAGUAAAAACAAUGUACGAGUUCGUUGUGAUCUAACCAAGAAUAGUAGCCCAUGAAACACCAGUAAAAACAGCAAAGUCUAAAAAGAUGAACUUAAUAAUGGGUUUUGAAUGCUUCCUUGAUGUGGAAAGUUGUACCUGUUGAGUCUGAUGAAGUUGUUUUGUACCACAGCUUAAUUUCAAACUGGUCAGAGCUGUGUGUCUUUGUGGAUGUAAACAUUCUUAACUGCAUGUUAAAGAUAACUUUACACUUUACUGCUCUUCCGCUGUUCUGUGUGUGUGUGUGGGUGUUUUCUAUUUUAUUGCUUGACUGUUUUUUAUUUUAUUAGAACACUUGUUGAUUGAAUGUGUUAUUGAGUUUAAUAAAAGCUUUAAAACUAUU